ACAACUAAAAUUUAAUUGCUUCUCGUUCAACGUAACCAAGAUAGAUUCCAAGAUUCAUUCUACUCAGCCUUCAAGUGUCCUCCCCCCCCAGCAAGACUAGUGAGACAGUAGCGAUAUUAUUUAUAAUCACGUAAAUUUAUAGAAAGGGCCGGACAUGUCUACAGACUCGUCCCCUGAGGUGCUCUGUGGCGAGGCUGACAGGCGUCCCAGUCAGAGCUUGUUCCAGGUCUACUAUCUGGGGUCAUCUCGUGUUGACCGUCGCUGCUCCAGCUCUGUCAUGCCCUGGAUAGUAGAGGAGCACAAGCUCAAGACACAAGAGAUGAAGCUGCUCUGGCUCACUCCAGGUGAUGAGACUGUGACCUACGUUGCAGACAGUGGACAGGAGCUGUUCAGUCAUCCCUACAGUAGCAUCCUGCAGUGCUGUAUUGCAGUGGAUGGGAUCUCACUGGCCUACAUUGCUCGCAGUGGCCAAGACAACCUCUAUCAUUGUCAUGUCUUCCAGUCUCUCACCUAUGAGGAGGCGAAGCUCAUCAUGUCAAAGUUCAAAGUCCACGCUCGUGAGGAAGUGUCCAUUGGCUCGACCAUCAGUAGAGACAAGAUCAGUGACCUCCCGAUGACCUCAUCUGGUCUCAUAUUCUCCUCGUCCCUCAAACACCAUCCCCCGGACAACAAGACUCGGACAAAGCCACUGGGAGACUCAGAAUAUAGCGCACAGUUCCUGGGUAAAUACGAAGUGCCCCCACCAUCGAGUUCAAAAGAUACACAAGUGCAAACCAUCGAUAAACUGGUAGUGAAGUUGAAGGAGAAUUAUCAGCUAAAGAUGAGCAAAGGGAAGAAAGGUUUCGGUUGGCGUGGGAAACUGGCAUCCUCAUCAUCUUCAUCACUGAGAAGCUACUCUGCAGACAAUGGUGACAGUGUCACAGCCGAGGGAGACAAGCACGUCGGUGUUAGUAGAAGCAGGUCUAACACGAGUGAUGUGAGCCAACCACCACCACCACCUGUGUUUAGUAUCACUGGAGAAAAUGGGCACUCUAUUGAUGGGCAUGUGCAGACCACUGGGCAUGUGCAGACUACUGAGCAUGUGCGGAAUGGAGGAGUUAGCAGGCAAAUCAGUGAACAAGAAAUAUCCGAUCAAGUCGAUGUUGGUACAGUGCCAGAAAUAUCCGGUCAAGUCGAUGUUGGUACGGUGCCUUGUGAAGAUCUUCGUCAUGAUUCUGUUACUUCUGAUAUUAGUAUGGAGUUUGACACUAUCCCUGAGUUAUCCAGCCUGCAAGACACUCCAGUGUUCCAGUCUCUGUGUGGUCCUCCGCCUCUGUCCAGCCAGAGGGUGAGGUUAGUGUUCUCAGGAAUGGUGGUCAUGUUGGUGUGUCAGGAGACAGGGGAGAGGGUACUCAAGAAGAGCAUCCGCAACAUCGCAUGUUGUGCCCAGGGUAAGAAGGACCCAGAGUGCUUUGCCUUCACAAGCACUAGCAAAGAAGGACCUGACAAGAAGUAUCACUGCCACCUCUUCCUGGCUGAGAGCAAGAAGGAGGUGUUCAAGAUCCUAGAUUCCUUCAAGGCAUCAUUUGUCCAUGCCCUGUCAGUGGGUAUGCCAGCUGCCCUGUGUGACUCCUGUCCCCUUCAACAACUGCACACUCUCUGCAAGAACCUUGAGGGAGCGACCACUCAAGUGGCUCAGUCUAUUAUUCAGGAGUGUCUUGAGUCGUUGCCUGAGGCAGACUGUGCCAGCAUCAUGAAGCAAUACAAGCACUCAGAGCACGCUGAUCACGAGUACACACAAAUCAUUGUUCUUGUCAACCUGAUACGACACCACUUCCAACAACGUCAGGACAGUCACACCCACACUGGCACGGGGAGUAUCACACCCUCACACAUCACACAAGAUCCCGCCCCCUCACGGCUACUGCCUGCACUGGCAAGGGCCAAAAUUGCACUGGCCUCGUCGUUUGAAAACCUCAAAAACAAGCAAUCAGAUCGAAACUCUAAACUAUUCCGCUCCAAGAUGGUGUCCCAUGGUUCCCAUGGUUACCAGAGCUUCCCUCCGUCCUCUCUCUUCUCUAAGAGGACCACAUUAGACACUCUGUUGUCACCCAUCCCUACGUCACCUGUUGCUAAGCAACAGACAGAGGAAGAUGUGCGCAGAGUGCGUACAUGGUCAGGGUUCAUCCACAAGUCACCCGGGUCCUCACACAGUGACCUCCAGGAGACUCAGGGGAACUCCCCCACCAUUGAUACACCAGUUGAGUCUUUCUCUGACAGUAAAGAGACUGUGGCAUCCACUCCAAAGAAGAAAACGUCAUUUCAAAGCAACGAGAAUAUGGAGUUUAUAAUUCCAUCCACACCAGUGAGGAAGAUACAGGACACACGCCCACGCUCGUUAAGAGGAGGGAAGCACGACAGGCACUCAAUACAUCACCCACUACGUAGGCCCACUUUAACCCCUCCACCACCCGAUAAAAAGUAUCGUACACAUCGCCGGGCAACGUCCUUCGCGGUGACAUCUUGGAGACAGGAGAUGUUUGAGAGCUGCACACCUGAUCGUGGACACAACCGUAGCACCUCUGAGAUACUGGAGGACUUUGAGAUCAUAGACAUUGAUCAGUAUCAGUACGGCCCGACACUACGACUAGGUCGAGGGUCCUCUAAGAAGUUGUUUGGUGGCUCCCCUCAGACCACGGCCAGGGGACGAUGGAGGCACGUCAUACAACAGCAGAUCAUCCUCAAUAGAAUGACAAAACUCAACUCCCUCGUCAAAAAGGCCUCUGACGAUGCUGAGUUGAGAAGGGUCAAGUUGAGCUACUCCACUCCCUCACUGGAGACUAAGGAAGCCAUUGCUCAGUGGAGCUCUGUCCUCAGUCAACCAGACUCUCUCUCUGACCACGACCUGAGGACACUCACACUCAAAGGAAUCCCCCCUAGCAAGAGGUCAGAGGUGUGGCCGCUACUGGCUCAGCGUUAUCGGGCCAGGAAUGAUCCUGAUUGGUCGAUGCCUCCAGAAAUAACGGGGCCUAGUGGACUGGCAGAGCUGCUCCGAGGAGAGACGGAGUUUGAACACAACAUUGUGGUGGACCUAGCACGGACCUUUCCUCGUCAUCCUUACUUUGAGAGGUCAAUGGAAGGUCAGAUGGUACUCAGGAACGUGCUCCACUCGUACGCUGUGGCAGACAGGGAGACGGGAUAUUGUCAGGGACUGAGCUUUGUGACUGGGAUACUACUCAUGCAUAGUGACACAGAGGAAGGUUCCUUCAAACUACUCCACCAGCUCAUGAAUCUCUAUGGCUUCAGAGAUAUCUACUUUGAGAACCUCGUUAACUUACAGAUGCGUUUGUACCAGUUGUCCCGGCUACUCCACGACUACAAGCCCUCUCUCUACCAACACCUCAAGGAGAGUGACAUCACUCCAUUCUUCUAUGCUGCUCCAUGGCUACUCACCAUAUUCGCCUCAGAGUUCCCUGUACCAUUCACAGCGAGGGUGUUUGAUAUGAUAUUCUUAGAAGGAACUGAUUUCAUUCUCAAGGUGGUAUUAGCACUCCUGCAAAUCCACCAAGAGGCUAUUCUCGAGUGCGAGGGAAUGGAGACCAUUUGUAAGAACCUCAAAACCUCACUCCCACAACUAGCAAUGGAACAAGCAGAUAACAUUUUUGAAAUUGCUUCAAAAUUCUCAUUUGGUAGUCGUUUAUCCACUUUUGAGGCAGAGUAUCACAUGAUGGCUGAGCUGAACUCUAGUUUCAAGUCUAAUCUCAUUAUCGAUGAUUUCUCCUCGGUUGCUGAGGUGCUGAAGAAUCAGAAUGUUGCUCUGAUAGAGCAGCUGGCUAUAUGUCACGCUGGCAACAACAGACUGGUCACCAUGGUGGAGGCAUUGCAGACUCAGAUGGCUGCACAAGACCAGAGGAUACUAGAGCUGGAGGGCAGACUACAGUCUAGGACUAGCACAGAAGAUGAGCAAUCAAGAUCGUCCAAGGAAAGCCUGACAACAGACACUACUACAUUAAACUGUGUGUAGAGCUAUAAGCUUUUUUAUGCUUUUAUGUGUGUAUAAUUAUAUCCUUGUGUGAAUUGAUAUCAUUUUAUGUCAUUGCA